UCGGUUCUAACGCCAAACUCUGCGACACCGCACGCCCCACUUUCCAGUUUCCAGCGGGCACGUUUUUAACGAGAGACGCGACAAGUCGCGUGUACAUCGAAAAUUAUUACUGAACCGAAUCCCACAUCUUGUGCUUGUGAAACGCCCGUGAAAACGCGAAUCCGCCUUCGAAUUCAUUCCAAAAGGCUUGCUUCAAGAUGCAAGCGUCACUUACACAGCCCGAAUAGGCGCCAACUUCGAAUUAGCUUUAAGCCUCGCCCCCUUCAAUAGAAACAUGUUUUACAUCUAAAUUUCAUAUUUUCUGUGUAUGGUAUUUACAUACUCGAGAUAAAUUAAAAUCUAGUAUCGAUUCCAAGUGAAUUUAGAUAGAGUGCAUCUGUGAUUUGUUUAGAUUGAGCUCUUAGUGCGCUGGCGCCAGGAGGUGCCGAAUGACAAUCUACAGAUACUAAACUUGAAAUUUUGCUUGAACGCGCGGGAACGAUGUUAAAAUCUGGGUAUAUGUCUGCUUUAUGACCUGAAAUUAAACAUUUGGUUGGAAAAACUUUUGGAUUUCUUUGGAGCGAGUGCAUAUAGAAGACGUCUACAUAGCGACGUCACGCCAGGAUGGCAACAGCCAAACUGGAACCCAAGGUGGAAUUCUGACACUCAGAAAUUUGCUACAAGAUUUGCAUUUCUUAUUUUCUUGGCUUGAUAAACGAAAGUUAUAGAAGAACUUCCGUUGUUUCGGUUUUUCUGACAUUUCAAAAAUGAACGGCAGUCUUGAAGCCACUGUGAAAGUCGAUCAGGAUGAACUUGAUGAGCAACAACACGACCCUCUUCAAUUACAAACUCAACAACAAGAUGUGGCAGAACAACAUUUAGACCAAACUCAACAAACUGCUCAGCCACAAAUUCGUUUUUUAAGUGCAAAUGUUUUACAACAAUUGCAACAGCAACAACAACAACAGCAGCAGCAACAAGAUGUUCAGCAACAAGCACAGCAACAGCCACAAGUUAUCACACUGCAACAGUUGCAAAAUUUUGUGCCUUUACAAACUCAACAACAACAGCAUGAACAGCAGAGAGCCCAAACUAUUUCAGUUCAAGCCUUACCACAACAAUUUUUACAAGAUUUUAAAUUUUCUUUACAGAAUGCUCAGUUGGUUAGUAACCAAGCUCAAGCACUUCAGCAGCAACAGCAGGCACAGCAACAAGUUCAACAGCAAAAUCAACAGCAGCAACCACAGCAACAGCAGCAGCUGAGUUAUAGUGUAAUUCCUCAAAUGCAAACAGUGAAUAUCGAUGGACAGGAAGCCUUAUUUAUUCCUCAUUCGGCAAUGUCGGGUGUCAGUGCUCAUCACCAAACACAACCGACUAUGCAGUUCACGACUGCUGGUGGACAGCAAGUCCAGCUAGCGAAUCAACAAGUUCAGCUGGCAAACGGACAAACUAUCAUUACACCUCAACCAGUCAGUCUUCUGAGGGCACCAAAUGUGUUUCCUACGUCGAUCAUUCAGAAUAUUGGUGGUCAAACUGUUCAAUUACCUACAGAUCCCAAGGCUAGCUUGGAUGUUUUAGGACAAAGCGUUCAAGUGAGACCGCUUCAGUUCCCGAUGCAGCAACUCCAACAAACUGUGCCCGUGCAAGUACCAGUCACUGCCAGCAAUGGACAAACAGUUUACCAAACUGUACAUUUUCCAGUACAAGCUCUUUCUAGUGUUUUCAAUAUGCCAACAACGCAAAUGAUACCUCAAAUCACACAGCAACUUCCUCAGGUAGCACAAAUAAUAACACCCAAUGGUCAACUUCAACAGGUACAAAUAGCUAAUCUCUCGCAGCUGCAGAGUUUGCAGGGUCAGCAAGUGGCUCAACAAGUUGCUCAGCAAGUUGCCCAGCAAGCUCAACAGCAAGUUGUUCAGCAAGUUGCACAACAAAGUCAGCAACAAGUUGUUCAAACCGUACAACAGCAGCAGCAAGUUGCUCAAGCUCAAGCUCAAGCUCAGCAACAACAAGUUCAGCAAGUUGUUCAACAAGUUAUUCAACAGCAGCAGCAACAAGUUCAGCAGCAAGUUCAACAAGCUCAGCAAGCUUCAGUUUCUACUCCGGCCUCAACUGUCUCCACGUGGACUACAAGUGUCAGUGCCCCAAAUAAUGUUCAGGUUGUUGGGCUUGGUCAACUAGGUAGAUCAGUUGGUAAUAGUACAAAUGUACUAACAACAAAAGAUGGACAAAAAAUAGAGGUACAAACUCUUUCUACAAUAACGAGAGCGCCUGAAUCUGCGGAUGGCGACAUUAAACUUACAAAUAUAGAUGCUAAUCAAUUAGCAAACGGUCAAGUUAUACAUAUUCCUGCCACACAAACAAAUCAACCUACAAUGCAGCCAAUCACAUUGACAGGAGCACAAGGUCAACAACUGACUUUAAUUCCCGCUUCUGCAUUGACGAGCUUGGCUCAACAAGGAAGCAUGAUGAGAGGUGUGAACGUCGGCGGUGGUGUGAUGCAAAUUCAACCAACUGCGGGCAUAAAUACAAGUGGCUUUUUACAAUCAAUUCCUGUACAGAAUAUUCCCGGAUUAGGAAAUGUUCAAGUAAUACCAGCGAGUGCCCUUCAACCAACAACAGUUCAAACUUUACCCACUGUCUCCGCAUCUCCCAUUGUCGCAACACAUUUAGAUUCAACCGAUCCAACGAAAUGGCAAAUUCUCCAAACGAUACAAUCAAACGGAACAAUCUCCACGCCGGCGACUGCGUCCCAUCAGCAUCAAGUAAACAAUACCACGAAUGUUAGUGGGGAAACAGACACUAGUAAACAACACCGAAGAAGAGUAGCAUGCACAUGUCCAAAUUGUGGUGAUGGAGAUAGAAAUAGAGACAUGACCCGAAAACGUCAACAUGUGUGCCAUAUAGCUGGAUGUAAUAAAGUUUACGGAAAAACAAGUCAUUUGCGAGCGCAUUUAAGAUGGCACACUGGUGAAAGGCCUUUUGUUUGCAGUUGGAUAUUUUGCGGGAAAAAAUUCACGAGGUCUGAUGAAUUGCAGCGUCAUCGCAGAACGCACACUGGAGAGAAAAGAUUCCAGUGUCCGGAGUGUACAAAGAAAUUCAUGCGUUCUGAUCAUCUCACGAAGCACAUUAAAACUCAUACAAAAAUUCGAAGCACUGAGGCCGCUACCUCAACUCAGGAAGGAUCUUCGGAUAGUCAAUCUUCAAAUGAAGAAAAAAUUAUGAUUUCUCUUCAUAAAGAGCCCGAACAUGGAGACAUAGUUAUUGCUGAGCCUAUAGAUACCUUAGAUACGCAGUCGACGAAUGAAUGAAAAAAAUAUUGGAAUUUUCAUUUUACAAAUUUAUCCUCCUUGCCCGUGGAGAAUAAUUUUCUAAUCGACUGAUAAUAGAAAAUAAGGCCAGACAUUUCAAUACACAAGGUGAUUAUGUUUCUUCACAAUAAAAUUAAAACAGUAUUUCAAAUUCAAUACUGUAUUGCCACUCGAGAUUUCUAUAUUUUGCAUGAAAAACUCGUAAUCACCUUGUAAAUGUACACACAUUAAUACAUAUGUAAUUUACAUAAGCUUGACAAUUUUUUACUUUUUUUCAACAAAAAUUGAUUUCGACCAUAUCUUUUUCAUAGAAAAAAAUCUAUAUAAUUUUACGUUAUGUAGUAAUUCGCUUAAAACAAUUUUUCGAAGCCAUGUCGUAAAUAUCAGUAGAAAAAUACGAUACUUGUAAGAUGUAUUUUGUAAAAAAAUUCUAUGCAAAGAACGUUUACAGGGAAUGUCUAUGCUAUUUGAUAUGUAGUAGGAAAAAAAAGAUAUAUUUUUGUAAUAACGGUGUGUAUAAAUUUGUAUAUAGUGUAAAUGAAUGUAAAGAAAUUUUACACUUUUCAAUGGUUUUCAACAGUGCGAUAAGUUUACAGUUUUUUCACCAGAAAAUAUUUACAUACUAAGUAGAUUCAGUGUAAUAAUUUUGACGCAGUGCUAUACGAUUAUAUUCCAACAAAUUAUGUAAUGAGAUACUUGUUAAAUGAAAUAAUAUAUUGUUAUAAAAUAAAAAUAUAUUAACUCAA